AUGGCCUCCAUCAUCUUGAUGGUGCUUUGGACAGGGACCCUUGACCUGUCGGAGGAGAACUGGGAGUUUGACUGUGUGGAGUUCUAUGCAGGCAAGGGGAACUUGACUCGCAUGAUGCUGGCUGUGGCCUCGAUCCUGAAGUGUGCUCCACAACGGACAAUUCAUCUUCUCCUGCUGGUGACUGCUUUAGGCGGAGUGUGGGGGCUAGAACAGCCGAAUUCUAGCUGCUUGGGGUUCUAUCCAGCUUUCAGAGAGUUCCUGACAGUGAUAAUGGAAAGCCAUGGGUCGAGUGCUGUUACACGAGUUGCUUGGUGGAUGGGGCAUUACCUAGCUCCAACUCCCAAAAGGCAUUUUGCCUACAGCAACAGCAUGGCCAUGAACAAAUUGGAUAAAGGAGUUUUAUCUGGUUGGAAGAAACGUAAGAACAAGGCCAAUGUGAAAACGGCAGUCACCUAUAUAGACAAGAGUGGAAAGAAACGAUACAAGGGCACACCGGCUUUGCGCGCAACAGAGAUAUACCCCUUGCAGUUUGGAAGAGAGAUGGUUGACAUCUUCCCACAUCUGAUCGCCUCCGCUCGCGGCCAGCCCCGAUUGCCAGCAGUGAUCCCCGCCGCCGCUGCCUCAUUUCAAUCUUUGCCGUCGGAGGAUGCAUACAGCCUUGGAUUUGCAAAGCUUCAAACUACCUUUGACUACUUGAGACGGGGUAGGCACCUCCUUAUUCCAAAGGAGUGGGAGGGUCUGAUCCCAAAGCCUUCGUAA